CCUCUCUCGCACUUUGAACUCUCCUGCGGACUCUGGAGCAGCACCGCCUUCUGGGAAAUGUAGUCCACUAUAAAACCUCAGCCACAUGGCGGAAGUGGCUGGAGAGAGGUUGUUCCGGAUCAUCUCAGUGCCCUGCCCGACCUAUCCCGGUACUGUCCUAGUUGGUAUUCGCAGGUCGUCCGAGUUCGAAGCCGUGAGGUCGCAGUUUGUACUUUUGAGCACUCGAGUUGCGGAAACUGGAAGUCAGUGACUUUGAGGACAACCGUCUGAACAUAUUUUUCCAAAGUGCUGAGAAGAGCUGAGAAGCAUGGCCGUCGUGGAUGUCAACACUGUGUUUAAGGAGUUGGUGGUGUUUAGGGAUGUGGCUGUGGAGUUCUGUAAGGAGGAGUGGGAUUGCCUGGGCCCUGAUCAGAGGUCGCUAUACAGAGAUGUGAUGCUGGAGAACUACAACAACUUUGUGUCCCUGGGACUUGCCAUUUCUAAGCCAUCAGUAAUUUCACUGCUGGAGCAAGGCAAAGAACCCUGGAUAGUGGAGCAAGCAGGAUGGUAUCCAGAUUUGCUGUCUGUAAAUGAAGCUAAGAAUUUGUCUCUAAAGAAUGGCGUCUUUGGAAAGGGAUCAUUAAAAUGGAAAAUAGUAGAAAGAGUCGGUAGUUCUUGCUUUGAGGAAUCUUGCUUUGGAGAUGAUUGGAAAUGCAAGGGACUCCUUGAGACAAAACCAGAAUCUACAGAGGAAUAUUUACAGGGAGUGACAACCCCGUUGGAAAAGACAUCAACUGAAUUUAUUCAGCCUACACCCAUUGCUGUGAGUGAGGUGACUCAUUCUGAAAUGAAACACUCUGCACAGGAAGGAGGGAAAUCCAUCACCCAACAGGUGCGAAUUCCUACCAGUGACAAACUCAAUGAAAUGUACGAGAGCGCCUUUAUCUAUUACACAGAUGAGAUGAAACGUCAGCAGGAUUUUGCUGGGGACAGAUGUGAUGAGCUGAAGGGGUGCGGCAGAGGAUUUGCCUAUGACUUCCAGAUCGCCCCAUAUCAGAUCAACAAGAAGCCCUACCAGUGUGAGAUCUGUGGUAAGAUCUUUGAGAAGCACGCUUACCUUGUUCAGCAUAACCGCUUUCACACGGGGGAGAAACCAUGUGAAUGUAAGGAGUGUGGGAAAGCCUUCACCAACUGCUCCCUGCUCGUCCAGCACCAGAGAGUUCACACGGACGAGAAGCCCUACGAGUGCAAGCACUGUGGGAAGGCCUUCCUCUACUUCUCCACGUUUUUUCAGCAUCAGAGAACCCACACCAACGAGAAGCCGUACGAAUGCCACAAAUGUCAGAAGGCCUUUAACAAGAGUGCCAACCUCACCAGACAUCAAAGGAUCCAUAGCGGCGAGAAACCCUACGAGUGUAACUUAUGUGGGAAGACCUUCACCUGGGCUUCCAACCUGAAUGACCACCAAAAGAUUCACACCGGCGAGAAACCUUAUGAGUGUAACUACUGCGAAAAGGCCUUUCUCUGCCAUUCAGCAUUCAUGAAACACUAUAGAACUCACACAAACGAGAAGCCCUAUGAGUGCCAGGAGUGUAUGAAGGCCUUCAGGCAGAAAGCCCAUCUCAUCCAACACCAGAGAGUCCACACUGGCGAAAAACCUUACGAAUGUAAGGAGUGUGGGAAGGCCUUCGCGUGUCCUUCGUACUUUAACAGACAUCAGAGAAUCCACACUGGAGAGAGGCCUUAUGAGUGUAAAGAGUGUGGGAAGGCUUUUAUUGACUGUAAAACCCUCAUUCUGCACCAGAGGAUCCACACUGGUGAGAAGCCGUUCCAGUGCCAGCAGUGCAGCAAGGCCUUCAGGCAGAGGUCCCACCUCACGCAACAUCAAAGAAUCCACACCGGUGAGAAGCCCUAUGAGUGUAAGGAGUGUGGGCAGGCCUUCACUCGGCUCCUACAGGUAAAGAAGCACCAGAGAGUGCACACAGUGGGAGAGAUCCUGUGUAUUUGAACUCUGCCCUCUAUUUAUUGAAAAGCCCUUAUUCAGCAUCCUCACAACCAUACAGAAGAUGAACAUUAAUAACCAGAAAUGUGGGGAACACCUCAGCUAUCCAGACUGCUGCGAAAAGCCUCCCAGAAGUAAGACGUGUGGAACAACCUCAUACUGUGCUUCACGUCCUGCAGCUUAUGCUCUGAUCAGAAUAGGAAACCCUCGUUUUUCUCAGCUAUUCAUUAUGGAAUAAGAGUGUGUCAGAGAGAACCAUCUAAUGACUGCACUCUCUUUUUUUUUUCUUUCUCUCUCUCUCUCUUUUUUUUUUUUUUUGCUUUAUAACCUACUGUUUAUUGAGUAUUAGUUCACAUAGGAAAAAUAAAAAUUAAAUUAUGAAUAGAAAUACUAAUUCUAUUCCCAGUAAAAGGGUUCUAUUUAAUUGUAGCUAUAGACAGUACUACAUAGAGAACAGUGGCGUGCAUGUUGUUAGUGUGCAAGUUUCACAUGCAUCGAGUGCUGACUGUAUUUUAUUAAGUUGACUUCAGCCCUGCUUCAGAUUGCUGCCUUUUAGCUGGUAGUAUGGUUAUUUUAAGGAUGAAAUGAAUCAGUAAAUGGGACCUUUGGCAUAGCUGCUAGACAGGAGCAACGAUCAGAAAGGAUUCAGAUUUGUCCUCAUACGAUGGUCUUUGUUAUUAUUUUUGGAGCAUUCAUGUCCAUUUUAUUCAUGACAUCUCCUGUCCCAUGCCAAAGCUUUCAAAAGGAGUUCUGGAGUGAAAGUGAUUGGAACAGAACACAAACAGAUUUCUACUUUGACUUCAGUUGAGUCAGAAAGUCGACCCUAGCAAGGCUGCAUGGACUCACUGAUCAGGGUGCCUGGCACAGCAGAGGCACUGUGUUUUCCUACUCAGGACAGUCAGAUCUGCACAGGACAAGAAUAAGAACAGUGUGACUCUUGGUCACAUGAACAAUGCAAUCUGAAAAUACAGCUUGCUUCGGUGUAGAAGAACGACAGCUCUACACACUAAAACCUGACGUGGUUCAUUUGAAUAGAUGCUAUCAAAUAUCCCCCCCCCCCCAAAAAAAGCAAUAAAUCCUAGAGUUGACAGCAGACGUACAUAUUAUAUACAAUAAUCAAUGAAUUUAAAGAAGUUUCUAAAAACCAUCAAUAAAAUAGAUAACCAGACUUUAAAAGCUUUUUCUAAACCAUCUGAUCCGUAGACUAGAUUUUCCAGGGCCUAAGGAGAGAUGUGAAAGACACAGACACAACCAUCCGUGUGAAGGGGAAGGAGGACAUUCUCGGGCAGAAGUAUGCCUCUUCAGCUGAUUUGGAUGGGUUUUAUUUCAAGACAGGGUCUUUCUUAAACUUGUGGCAAUCUUCCUGCUUUAACCCACUGAGUGCUGGGAUUAGGAGUGUGCCACCACACUCAGGGCUUGAACGCAGAGCCCCGAGUGUGCCCAGCAUGGUUCAACCCCUGAGCUUUACCCCAGCCCGCUUUAUUCUGAGACGGAGUCUUGGCUAGACUGCCUAGGCAGGCCUUGAACUCAUGAUCCCCUUAAAUUAGCCUUUCAGAUAGCUGGGACUAUAGGCCUCUGUCACCAGGUACAGCUAGAAAUUCUUACUGCUAUAAAAUAAUGUAUUCAUUAUUAUAUCAGAUAAAUUUGAAAUGUUUAGUGUCAAUUUUGUGUGAAUGUAUAUACAUUUUUUUGAUUGGCUCAUAAACCUAUAAAAAGUUUGAAUAAAGCCAGGAUACUCUUCAGAAAAAAAAAAA